AUGGUCGCCUGGACUCUUGGUAUCUUCUUCACGUCGCUGGCGGCGUCCGCUGCGGCAGCCCCAGCCCCGGCGAUCACUCCUGCACCCAAGCCCGAAGUUGUGAAACGUGCCUCCAGCUGCACCUUUUCGGGCUCCAACGGAGCUGCUGAGGCUUCUAAGUCGCAGUCAUCAUGUGCUACCAUGGUCCUCUCGGACGUUGCUGUUCCUUCAGGCACUACUCUGGACCUCUCCAGCUUGGCUGACGAUACCACCGUCAUUUUCGAGGGUACCACAACUUGGGGCUACAAAGAGUGGAAAGGACCUCUUCUUGACAUUCGUGGAACCAAAAUCACUGUCAAGGGUGCCGAGGGAUCCGUCCUCGAUGGUGACGGUGCUCGCUGGUGGGACGGUGAGGGCGGAAACGGUGGAAAGACCAAGCCCAAGUUCUUCUCCGCACACAAGCUCACCGACUCCUCCAUCACUGGCAUUACCAUCAAGAACCCUCCCGUUCAAGUAGUCAGUAUCAACGGAUGUGACGGUCUCACCAUUACCGACAUGACCAUCGAUGCUUCGGAAGGCGACAAGGACGAGCAAGGUCACAACACGGAUGGCUUCGACAUUGGCUCGAGCAGCAACGUCAUCAUCGACGGUGCAAAGGUCUACAACCAGGAUGAUUGUGUUGCCGUGAACUCUGGUACCGAUAUCACCUUCAAGAACGGUCUCUGCUCUGGUGGACACGGUCUCUCCAUCGGCUCUGUCGGUGGUCGUGACGACAACACGGUCGAUACGGUCACCUUCUCGAACUCCGAGAUCACCAAGUCCGUCAACGGCGUCCGCGUCAAGGCUCGCGCUGGCACGACCGGCAAGAUCAACAAGGUCACCUACGAAGACAUUACCUUGUCUGAGAUCUCCAAGUAUGGCGUCCUCAUUGAACAGAACUACGACGGUGGUGACCUCCACGGUGACGCUGAUACUGGCGUCCCCAUUACCGGUUUGACGCUCGACAACGUCACUGGUGACGUCUCCAGCAGUGGGUACGACGUUGUCGUUACCUGCGGAAAGGGCUCCUGCACUGGCUGGACCUGGACAGAUGUUUCCGUAACUGGCGGCAAGACCUACGACAAGUGCUCCAACGUACCCAGCGUUACCAAGUGCUCGUAG